AUGUUUGAUGUCGUGCGGUGGCGUCAUUUGGUGAACUCAUCGCAAAACUGCUACCAUUCCUCGGUACCGUUAGCGAGUUGUUCGUUGGUCAGUGAUGCAAGAAGUAUGGCGCUGGUUGGAACACUACUGGAAGGAGAAAAAAUCGCUCCGUCACUGUCAGCUCUUCUCAAGAGAGUGGAGAGGGCAGUCACUUUUCAUCUAAACUUUCGUUAUUUCAUAUCUGCUCCGCCGGAUGGAUUAGUGAACAUAACCUAUGCGAUGGAGCUCGUCCACAUCAUCAACGUUGACGAGGUUCGACAUAUUAUGAAGGUUUUAGUUUAUAUUGUCGAGGAAUGGGAUGAUCUAACGCUUAGCUGGGAUCCGACCAAUUUCUCUGGACUUCGUUUUACAUGGUUGCCAGAAGAAUCGAUAUGGGUUCCUGACGUUAUCGUAUUUAAUAUGUUAAACCAUCAAGAAUUACUGCACGUAGUUCGUUCUCCUAUACGAAUCCAGUACACCGGUCGGGUUACGUUCUCAUAUCCAGCUAUCUACUCAGUUAUGUGCCGGAUAGACGUUGGGAAAUUCCCCUUCGACUCACAAAAUUGCGACCUCCGAAAAGCUGUGCUUAACAACAUGUCCCGCACGGCAAGAACUGUUUGUAGUGGACCUGAGGAGAGAAAGGAAUCGUUAACUCUGGCUCACGAAAUCCCUGUUUCGAAUGGUUACGAAAUCCGAACAUUUGAAAGACGAUACCGAAGUGAACGAGCACGGCAAUUGGAAAACCUCACUACAGAUAAGAUAUCCGUCUGCUUUCCUUACAUCUCCGAUGAAAUGAGCGCUGCCAUUAGGCGGUGUCUGAGGAGAGCAGACUUGGAUAGCUCCGUUUCGGUCGUUGAAAUACCACCGAACAAUUUGAAACAUCAGUUAGUUCUGAAUCGUUUGUACGAUACCAUCUGUACAACACCAAACUGUAUUAUUUGUCAAACAGAUAGACCAGGAGACUGCUUGAGAUCCGGGAUAGUCUACCUGAUUUCUUGCACGAACUGUGGAGACGAGUAUGUCGGUGAAACGGCACGACCGCUGUAUGUUCGCAUCAAAGACCACAUAGCUUCAUGGGGUUACGGAGAGGAAAAAGUGCUCUUGAACGCUACCAGCAACCUGUUUCUUCGACAUUAUGCAACAAAUGAGGAAUGGGCGCUACAGGAGGUCCGAAUUGACCAGGACCACUACGAUCAUGAAGGUUUCGUUGUUAGCGAGGCAAAAUACAUCGUGUCCAUUUCAAGGAAACCGUUCUACUACCUGAUUAGUCUUGUAGCUCCGACUUAUAUCAUUUGUAUGCUUUCUGUAGCUGGUCUAUUCGCAAGAUUUUCGACGAAACACGAACGACAGGAAAGAUUCACUCUUGGUGUCACAGCAAUACUCAGUAUGGCUGUUCUCUCACUGGUAGUCACCGAGAAAGUACCACAUAGCUCUGAGGGAGUUCCACUAUUAAUUGUCUACUUCCACUUCAACAUUAUUAUGGUCACACUGGCCACUAUUCUCACCUCAACGGUGAUGAGGGUUCACUCUAAGGCAUUUUCACAUCGCAUAUCACCACCUCCAUCGUGGUUGCUACGAUACCUAUUCAUUCAUGGAACGGAUUUCACAUCUAUUCCUAACGGGAGGAACUCAGUAGGAGACGAGAUUCAAUUCACUUUCACGUCAGGAAUUGCAUGUUUUCUCCUCGAUCGACUUGAUCAAAUAUUUUUCCCCGAACAAUUCGCUCCGGAUAUUCUCUAUAUAUUCAUGAUUAUAACUGCAACACGAACACGAAACGUGAACACCUAA